AUGCGGUUACAUCCGCUCCUCAUCCAGCUAGCCUGCCCGUUGCAAUCUCCACCCUCCCUCAACACCAAUAACGCUGCCAACAAACUGUGCUAUUCUUUCCUCUCCCCCCGGCGACCGCUUUGGGCCCUCCUGCUGCUUUGCGCUAUCGUGCAGCCGCCUCCUUUACCGUUCCCGCGCCCAGUUGCAUCAUCGAGGCUCGCAGCCUCAUUUCCUUUCCCAGAGGCGUUCACACUGCUCACAACUGCAUCCACUCGCUUAUCGAUUUCCUCUCCCCGAAGAACAGCCUCGCCAUUCUCCGCCAAGCAAAUUACAAGACCCGCAUUGAUUGAUCUCACGCCCUCUCCGCUUCGUAUCCCGCUACUCGCUGAAACAAGUAGACAGGUAUGA